AGGCGGGGUGGAGGGAAAGAAGCUGGAAGUUGUGGGUACAACAUGGUUUGAUGUUCCUCUACCCUCCUUUGCCAAAUCUGAAUCCAUCCCUGAACUUGGCUAACUAUCUUCCUUUGUACAUAUUCUGUGCUUAUGGUGCCACUGACUUCUUUUCUCUCUCUCUACAUUGUCUCACUCUUGUUGGUAUGAGAGUUGCAACUGUUCCUCUCAAAUUCUGUAGCCAUCCUGCAUUUCUCUGGUUUAUUGAACACAUCUCUUCUUCACAGUUUUUUCUCUACUUUUUCAAAAUUGUAAUAACUGUCAUCAUAAAUACUAGAUAGGUUGAUUGAGGCACUGUGGUUUUGGAGCUAGGGUCUUUUUCAGUAAUGUUAGGGAAGUUACGAGGGCCUCAAUAUCGGGUGUGGUUGUAGACAGACAAGUAGUUGGAAGGUGAUAAGAGUACAGUGAACAAUGAAAAAAAAAAGUAUAGUGAUGAUGACAAGGAAAAGACAGGGGAUUGGAGAAAGAAUAACAGUCAAACCAGGAUCUGAGUGGGAAUGUGGAAAGGAAAUUAAAAUGAAAUUAUGUUUAUAAUAGGAGAGAGAGAGAGGCAGGAGAAGUUACACAAAGAGUGUAGUGGGAUUAUUAUGUAUGCUGUCUCUACAAGAGAGUAUAGGGGUAAAGUUAAGGACUUUUUUGGCUGAAUGGUCAAGAAAACUUCAUAUAGUACAGGUCCUCAUUCAAUGAACAACUUAAACCCCAUGUCUAAGUGCAAGCAUCUGAGUAGUUCCAUUAUUGAAUAUUCUCACUGUAGAGGUGGUGGAAUCCCCAUGCCUUGUGGCUUAAUCCAUUGAAGUGGAAAGAUCAUCACUGAAUACAGUGAGCUUUGUAUCAGGUUCUGGAGGGGAUAGGUAAAUCAGACUAGAUAGAGCACAAGCUAAAUAUCGUGCAGAGAACAUUUAUAUGCUGGUAUAAAGAUGGAUUAGCUGUGUUUUCUCUAACAUUUAUGAUUUUAACAUUCAGCUUUGUGAUUUUUUUAUUUUAGUAUUCAUGUUCCUGCAGCCUUUUUUACAUUUCUCUGUAUUUCACUGGCAGACAUCCCACAGCUCCAUAAGUCUGGGGGAAACGGGUGGUUAGCAUGUUGUUGCUGUGAGGAUUUGAGUCUGAAUGCUCUAUGCUGGUAAUGCUAGGUAUAUUUUUAAAAAACUUAUACAAUGGUAGAUAAUUAUUCCCCAUUGUAUAUCACACCCUAAUUUUGGGGAGGGAGAGAUUUCAAAUCAUUAAAAAAAAAGUUAUGGAGUUUUGGAAAGGAAAAUAGAAGGGAGUGACUGGCAUCAGUUUGGAUAGCAGUCAGGCUGGAAGAAGAUAGCUAUUUCUGUCGGUCAUCAAAGAUGUUAGCAGGCUAUUUCUUAGGAAGAGAAACACAGAGAAACGGUAAGAUUAAUUUGUAUAUGUUUCUGAUACUGGCUUCAUCUGUUGAAUUAAGACAGUUAGUUGUAUAUUGUGGUUGCCUUAUUCUGAUUUCUGUUUAGUGCUUGUUGUUCUUGUUCACUAAUCUAUUCUAUUUUUACAGUAAUCUGGCUUUCUUUCUCCUUUUUGUUCCUUGAACAGUUUUUGUAUCCCUGAGGCUCACAUGAGAUGACUAUCACUUGGUAGAGGGGUCAGUAGUGUAAUGGCAUCAAGCUUUUUUCCUCUCAGUAGAGACCUGCUUGCUUCCAAUUUUUGCAUGUUUACAUGGUGAACAUCAUGCUGUAUGUCUCUGGCUAGGGUCCUUGCAGGCUGGCCUGGUGUUGUGAUUCACACACACUUUCAUGUAUAGAAACAAUAGCUCCUCUCUUACAAAAAUGCUGCUACAGUGAAUGCUGUGCUUUACACAUAUCUUUUAUUGCUUGUGAACAGAUAAUAAUGGAUUCUACCAAAAGCAGCUAAACUUAUAUGAGAUGGUAGGCCAUGUCCAGCUGGAAGAAAAUAGAGCAUAAAACUGGGAAUCGGAUAGGUGCUUAGUAAUCUUCAUUAUCAAACAGGUGCUUAAGUAUAGAAAUAUCAGAAUAGAUAGACUUAAGAACUUUAGGCUCUUCCGCUUAAUGCUUGCUUCAAACUCUCUGUAAUCUCAGUUCAGCCAUAUGUAAAAUGGAGAUAAUUUUUUCAUAUCUUAUAAGGGUGCUAUUGAAACUUGAAAUGUAUUGAAAUGUUUUAAAGUAUUUUGAAUAGCAAAUAAUUGAUUGUGCCAAAAGUAUCUCUUAGCAAACACUAUUUGUAGUGGUUUCUUCCAAAUGGUAUGCUGGUCACUCAGAGCAGAUGUCUCUGACAUUUGCUAUAUGUGGCCCAUAUGAAUUUUUUAAAAAUGCACCAUUUUAUGCAGAAAGCUCCUAAGGGAGGAUCUCACAUCUGCCUUUUAAUUUCUUAUUUCCUAAAUACAGAAAUUUAUCCUUGAUUAUUCUUUCAAGGAUCAUUCUUCCCAUCCCUCCCCCUGCUUUUUGAUGCUUCCAUUGUGCUGCAUGCUUUGUAGCCUGAACACAACAUCUGAAAGUGUUUAAAACCCAACAUUUUCUUAGCUUUAUUCUGCCAUAUCUUUACCACUCAUUUCUAGUGGACAGCAGAAGGAAAACUGUUCUUAAAUUCUCAAGCUAUAGUCCUGUCUGUUGGUAGUGACAGCAAGUUGUCAUCAUAUUACAGCAGGUUCAGUAAGUUACAUGACAAGAACUGGAGAUUUAAUUCCAGUCUCAUACAGAACAAGAACUCAUUAAAAAAAAAAGAAAAAAAAAUAAUAUCCCAGCACCUCAUUUGAGAUGCUUGGUGGCAGUAUUAAAAUUUAGGCAAAAGACAAACCCAGAAUUUUUGGGAAAUGUAAUAUUCCUAACUGCCACUGAAGUCGUUGGGCACGUCUACACAUGACACUACAAUGAGGUAGCAUUGGCAGACACGAACCAUGACGCCAAACUUACUGUGCAGUAGCAAUGAGCUACAGCACAGUAGCUUAUUGUUACUGUGCAACAGCAUUGGAAACAAUUCGUGCAACACUGGGACUGCACAAUAACAACUGUGAAGUCCAGCAUACAUGUAGACGUGCCCAUUGGGACUUAAGGGUGAAGUUGCACAUUACAUUUAAGACAUACUAAGUGUACUUAAAAUGCAAAUUUGUUAAACUUGUGCUAAGUUCCUUUUGAGUUUCAGGCGAGGAUUAGCUCUGGGCUGGGUUACCUACCUCAUGUUAGGGUAACUUUAGUUUGCUCCACAGAGAUAAAACAAGCGAUCUGCAAUCCUCCAACAUCCCAGGAUACACCUUUGCCACCUGCAUCCGCCCCCCCCCUCCCCCUUGCAAGCAGGGACAGAGCUCAGGUAUACUGUCUUCUACCUUUGCCCCUGCUUGCCAUCCCUCUAGUGGCAAGUCAGAGCUGUGCAGGGAAGAAAUGGUAUUAACCCUUAAUAUGCAAUUUCUUACAGCACAUUCUAUAUUCCACAGAUUUAAUUCUGUACAUCCUUAGUUGCCCAUAUACUCUUAAAAAUCUGGGCCUAAAUAAUUAUGAAGGCUGUGCUACCUUUUCCAGCCGUUAUGCGUAGUGGUGGCCCAUUAGGAUAAGACUGAGGUGGGUUGUUAAGCUUAUUUAAAGAAACUUGCAGCACUCAGAAGUUGUGCACUCAGAAGUUGUACAUUUUUGGUGAAUAACUUAAAUUUUUGUAAAUUUGGGUGAAACUAUUGAAGGAAAGUAUUUGGGAGUUAUUUUUAAAUAAAUAAGGUCUGUAUUUUGCAAUAAAACAUUAAAAUAUUUUAAUUUAAAGAGUUAGGGCUAGGAUUGCAUGAUGAUUAUUUAAAAUUGUAUUCUAAAAACAGUAUUUACUAUUAUUGCUAAUAAUGCAUUCAUUUAUUUAAACUGGAAAGCUUAAUUUCUUUUCUGUUAUUUUCAGUGGUUACUCUUUGUUAUACGCCAUCAGGUUCACUUUUCCGUUCUUCUUACCUUUCACUUGUUUUUGAGUUGAAUUUCUAACAAGGAAUAUUUGACCCCAAACACAAAAAAUUGCAUUGAUUUUUCCUUUUUAAAUGUAGUGGUAACAUUUCUAUUGGUAUUGGUCUGUAACAUUUUUCCACUGGACCCUAAAUUUUGGGCCUAAAUGACCUGAAAGUAGGAUAGGAUGUGCAGUAGGUGGAAUACUGUGGUAUAAAGCUUUAAUCUAAAACCAUGACGUUCUUCAGAAUGUAUUAUUCAAAUGGGCAUAAUAUCAUAAAAUGUGGGUGGGGAGGCCCAUUGACAUACUUGUUUCAUAGUAUCCCUGGAGCAUAUACUGGCAACCCAUUCCUUUCAUGAUGAAUGCCACAGUGGUUCUGAAAGGAACCCUUAAGUGAUGCAUGUUUUAAACAAACUGAAACAUGCUUCUGUUCUAGUUGUGUUUGGGCAUGCAAACACUUAAAAAAUUUUGACGGGGGUAUGUGAUACCAACAUUCAUGAAUAUACCAGGGGAAAACUGAAGUAAAUAAUUAUGCUGGGAAAACAUUAACAUUUGGCAUACCUUUUCCCAGAAGUCCUACACUGUAUUUUGGAUUUGGAUUUGAAAGUCUUUUAUUUGAAUGUGUUGCACCAUGAGUUCUGUUAUAAAUUUCCCUCCCUCUCUCCAACCCCCAACUGAAGUGUAUUCAUCAAAUUGCCGAGUUGGAAAGGUUUGUAAUGAGUUCUUUGAGCUGUGAAUUCCACCCCUCCUAUCCCCCUAAAUCUUCAUCUAACAUUAAAUAAAGCAAAUCCCAAACAGAUUAACUGUCAAACGGUUAUGCUCCAUCUCUUCAAUCUGCUUUUAGGGUUUCCAAAGGGGACUGUGUUGAUUAAGUAAGGAGAUGACAUGGUCUUCUUCCAUUGGUGUAGGAAGAUAGCAGAUAUGAUUCUCUGAAAAAGAGCAGUGCUACACAGUGCAAGCAUGGCUUUCGCCCAGUCGCACAUUAUGGCAGCUAGAAGGCAUCAGCACAGUCGACUCAUAAUAGAAGUGGAUGAGUACAGCUCAAACCCCACACAGGCUUUCACGUUCUACAACAUUAACCAGGGACGUUUUCAGCCCCCACAUGUGCAAAUGGUGGAUCCUGUACCCCAUGAUGCUCCCAAGCCUCCAGGAUAUACCCGGUUUGUCUGUAUUUCUGAUACUCACUCAAGAACUGAUCCAAUCCAAAUGCCAUAUGGAGAUGUUUUAAUACAUGCUGGUGAUUUUACUGAGCUGGGACUUCCUAGUGAAGUUAAAAAAUUCAAUGAGUGGUUAGGUAGCCUUCCAUAUGAAUACAAGAUUGUAAUAGCAGGAAAUCAUGAACUGACCUUUGACCAAGAGUUCAUGGCAGACUUAAUCAAGCAGGACUUUUACUACUUCCCAUCUGUAUCUAAGCUGAAGCCAGAGAGCUAUGAAAAUGUACAGUCUCUUCUAACAAAUUGCAUCUAUCUUCAGGACUCUGAAGUGACAGUGAGGGGAUUCAGAAUAUAUGGCUCCCCUUGGCAACCUUGGUUUUAUGGCUGGGGCUUUAAUCUUCCACGAGGCCAAGCACUAUUAGAGAAAUGGAACCUUAUUCCAGAUGGAAUAGAUAUUCUUAUAACACAUGGACCACCUCUCGGUUUUCUAGAUUGGGUUCCUAAGAAGAUGCAAAGAGUAGGAUGUGUGGAGCUGCUGAACACAGUCCAAAGACGAAUACAGCCUAGGCUUCAUGUUUUUGGACAUAUCCAUGAAGGUUAUGGAGUAAUGGCUGAUGGAACUACUACCUAUGUGAAUGCAUCAGUGUGCACUGUGAAUUACCAGCCACUCAAUCCACCUAUAGUUAUUGACUUACCUACCCCAAGAAACACAUGAUUAGCAUAGGGAUUUAAUGCUGUAUGAACACACUAGCAACUUUAUAUUGAUGACUAAGAAGCCCAGUAAGUAACUGUUCAGCAAAGAAGCACAAACUCUUCAAUUUUUCUUUUAGUUCUUCUUGGAAAAAUCUGUGACAAAGAUAAAUGGGAAACAAAGACAUUUUGGUACCAUUAUCUGCCAGAAGCAGAUCAAAGACUACCAUUUCAUCAUUAAAAUAUUUGUGAACACACAGAAGUGAAUGCAUUCCAUGUAUGUAUCAAGUAGGAGUUUCUGUAUACACUAUACAUUAUACUGAACUUAUUAUUAAAAGAACAAUGUCUUUUCAAAGAAAUGUUUCUUUUAAAAUGUUUACAGUUUAAACAAUGUUUAGACUAGGAUUUCAUCAUUGAAAAUAUAUCCCAGUGAGCACUUGGUAAAAGGAAGCGCCAGUGAUAUUUCCUCUGAAUUAAUAUGGCACAUUUAAUAGUUCCAUAUUUAGCCGGUUAAUUGAAGCAAGGUAUUAUUCCAAAUCCUUCAAGUCUAUCUUUUCAUUCUUUUCAAGCCAGUACAGUACAAGCUUCUUAUUCACUGUACUGUAAUGCAGUCUAAUUAAAUCUAACAUUACAGAUGGAAAGAGAAAUGGAGUGUAGCACCAAGGUGCUUUGAACAGCUUGAACAUUCUAGAAAGGAGAUCAGGCUAAAUGCAAAACAAGUAUAGGAACUGGUAUCUUGGCCCUGCCUGUGAAAAGUUGUUAUCUCCAUAUUUAAAAGUUGCUUAUAUCUUAAUAAUAGAAUCCUAGAAAAUUAGGGUUGGAAGGGCCCUCAGGAGAUCCUACCUUAUUAUGGGUAGGACUAGAUGGAUGGGUUGAAAUUAAUAUGGCAGGUUGUGUGAGAUGGCAUGUAAAAUCCAAAAGAAUGCCCAUAGCAUUCAGCAGCUGAUUUAAAAAAGAGCCCAUUGCAACUACUGGGCUUUAAAAAAUGACAGUGGGAUAAUGGCCUUUCAUAAUAUUACUGCUUUGAAUCUGGCCCAUGCUGGAAGUGAUUAAAGAUCAUUAGGUAAUUUUGUUAUUCUGAGAAUGAGAUUGGCCUUUAAUCUUCUAAUAGUUGUUCGGUAGUAAAAUGAAUGAUGGUGACGCCUCUCCAGUUCAUACAGCACAGGUGUUCACGUCACAAAACAUAUUGCAGCUAUGUGCUGUCCAGUGGAUGGUAUGACUGUAGUAGAGGCUGAGGACCAAACAAGUCAAGGAGACUGAUCUAUAAGGAUAAAAGUUGCUUUCAUUCUUUCAUAUGUAAAGACUAAGGGCAGGACAGUACUGUGUGGGAAAGCUGCCUUUUAAUGGGCUAACAGAGGAGUUGAGUCUGUAAGACUUUGUCCAGAACUUUACCUAAACUCUGGAAUUCACAGUAACAUACUUCACAUAAAAAAACAUACUAGGCUUGUCUACAUAUUCAUUAAUGCACCAUAGUUAUUGCACAUUUAGUUUACUAGGACAUGUGUAGACAAAACGGGGGCCCUAAAUUGAAGUGGUGGGUUUUAAAAAACACCGCUUCAAUUUAGGGUUGAUUAAACCCCUAUGUUAUGCACACACCCCUCUGACUUACCUGCCACGCCAGCGGGGAGGGGAGGGCGAGCUGCUGGUGGCUGGAGCGGUCCCUGGGCUGCGGUUGGGGCUGAUGCUUCCCUCUGCAGAGCUGUGGCCUCCCCCCAUUUGGCAACCGCCUGCAGGCACCUGGCUCGGGUGGUGCUGGGGGGCACUGCAGGCGCAGAGGAAAGCACCAGGCCCCCACACAGCUCAAGCAGGUAGGCUCGGGUGGGGGGCGAGAAAUCAAGCUCACCGCUUUUCUUGGGUGGACCUGCUUUCCUGGGCUGCUGCAUAACCAAGUACUAAAUGACUUCAUAGUAACUGAUGUUACAGUACACUAGCGUCCCCACACUUUUUUCUGAUGCUACUGCGCAGUAGCAACAAAGUACUUGCACAGUAGCUUGUUACUACUGCUCAGUAGCAUUGCAUCAUGGUUAGUCCCCCCAACACUACUGCACAGUAGUAUCUCAUGUAGACAUGCCCAGUGGCAUCAAAGUCACAGCGAGUCUGGCAGAAACAAGACUCCCUUUCUGUACUUCAUUUAUACUACAGUUCUUCUUCCACCUGAUGCUGGGAAGCAAUGAAAUUUUAUUACAAUAAGUUCAGUCAUGCUAUUAACCCACCAAUGUCAGAAAGUAUGACAUGCCACAAAUCUCUAAUUUCAAGUGACUUGUGCGACUUGAGACCUAUAAUAGUUUUCUGCUCUUCGCUGAAACUAAAAGCAAACAAACAGGGGGUCUCAUCAUGUAACCUUUUUUCCAUGUGAAUUGUUCAUAUGUACGUGAACAGUCUGCCAUUAAAUUUGGAUGGAAGUAAUUUGGCAAAAUCCUUUUACAAGAUUGGUUCCUGAAUCAGCAAGGAUUGAAAGUAAUCAUUUAUUGCUAACUUCUUACCAUCCUUGGAAAGAAAACCAGUCCCAUGUACUUAGAAUAAAAGUCUUUUAGCCAGUCACGAUUCAAAUGCUUUGCAAAACAAGUGUGGCAGGAAAUUGGCUGCAUGUUAAUGAAAUCUGAAAUGUUUACAUUCACUCUUGGCACUUCAAAUACUAAAAUGUUAAAGGGGGGGGAGGGGGAGAGGGAAGAGGCCCUUUUACUAGCCUCAACAAAAUUUUUAUGUCAACCAUAAAAUAUUGUCUUAAAAAUAAUUUUUCCUAAGAUAUCUCAAAAUACUGUGUAUUUUUAUGUGAAAAUGAUAUGAAAGCAGCUGUUACUUUAAAAAAUCAUUAAAAGUACUUGAGGUAGGAAAGCUUAAAGGUUAUUUAAUCAUUUUGGCAUAACUUGAUAGUUGUCGUUGUAAUAUUUGUCAAGCAUGUUACACAAAUAAAAUUUUGCAAAAAUGCAA